AUGUCUCCCAUAGCACCACGUCCACGGUGUGGGCUCCCAACAAAUCCUCGGCAAUGGCUCCACGAAAAAAAUCCUGUCCUUCCUCCAAGGAGAAAGUUGACUAUUGAAACUCGUGAGCUGGCCGGGCGAGAUCAAGAGCAUCCGCCUAACAGAGACAUCAAUCCUAUUCCAGUGGAAUCUCCAACUCUCGAGGGAGACUACGAAGACUUGUUGGACUGCUACAGUACAGACCAGGAGCCUGAGACAAACUUUUCACCAUUCACUCCAUUUGAGCACAAUCCUUCAACCAGGUUCCCUUCUCCUGUCAAGUCUGAAAGCCACAGGCUUGAAACAUCGAGCCAAUUUCAUCCUAGUAGUAGAGCCAUUCAGAGUGACAUUGGAGAAUCGAUGAGCCCGUCAGGAUCCGAGAAGUCGUCCGGAAUGAAGGUCCUAACCAAGAAUUCUUACGGGAAGAGCUUCACCCGCAAACGAAGCAACUUUCCUAUCAGCACUCCUCUCGAACUGUUUCAAGUUCCACCCUUUAACCCAAGGAGCGCCCAUAUUACUCCUAACCGAAGAGGAGGAUCGCUGGACUCUUGGGUCGACGAAAUUAAUUCGGUCCACAAAAAAGCCACACAAAAAGAUAGCGCCAAACUAAACUAUAAAAAGGAAGACGAAAAUUUACGCUUGCAAGCCUUGAAACAAACUCGAAACCAUCGGCCUCUCGGCAUGAGCGGCUCGACUAAUCCUGCUCCCGAGCUUUCCUCACAAGAAGAGGCCAGUUGGGACGAAGACGAUCUCCUGGAAGCCUAUUCUUCAUUCGACAGCGAAGGAAGCUCGCGCGACUCGUAUUCAACGGCCUCCAAUCCCGGCAAUGACAUCCAACUGAAUGUCAGUCUUGUACGCAGUGGCGGUCACGAAGCCGGCACUGACAUUCAAGACUUCAAGCAAACUACACUUGAGGUUGGACAACUCUCAACGUUUUCUCGUCGGGAUCUGCUCAAGCCACCUGGCUCUGCAAACUCGGAUUCCUCACGUUACAGCAUGGAAUCCGUCAUCGGAUCUCAUUAA